AUGGCGAACUUACGGUUCGCGGUUAGCAUGCAACGGCUAAUACCGUUUCUUGGCUUUCACCAUGUUCUCAUGAUUCUCAUUGCAAUUGCGAUAAUAUUGCUAUCAUUGCUACUCGCAGGAUGCUCAUCCACAUCACCGCUCAUCCCCGGCAUCUUCCUCAUCUCCAUGUGGUACGAAAAGUUCACACCCACCUACGCACCUGAACAAGUCGACCCCGGUGUCACAGCCGCCAUUGCCAACAUUGUCGGCAACGCACAGCUCGGUGUGCGCGUUGGCUACUUCGGCAUCUGCAUCAACAGAGACGGUGGUGGCUUCAUUUGCUCCAACAACGCCACUGCGCUCGUCGACAACGUUUCAGUCGACCAGGACCCCCUCAACCUUGUCUGGGUUGCCGCCACGUUCAAGGACGCGGUUGUCUUCCCAUACCUGCUCAUUGUCGCCAUCAUCCUCGCCUUCUUCACCUUCAUCCUCCUCGCCACCUUCCCCGGAUGGCACGAGGAGCGAGACGAGCGAACCGGAUCUGACGUCGACGUCAAGCCUUUCCCGUCGCGGCCCGUCUCCCAAGUCGCCCUUGCGCUCAUCUUCAUCUCAUCCAUCUUCGUCCUGGUGUCAGUCUUGUGGCAACACACAGCAUCCGUCGCAGCAGCAACCAUCGUGCAAGAUCUGGGCAACGGCAGCGUCAAGUCUGGUGUCGGUACAUCGGCCAUGGUCCUUGGUUGGUUCGGCUUCGUACUCCUCAUAAUAGUAACCAUCGGGUUGCUCGUUAUGAUUCUCAGCAUCAUUGUUCUCGACCGUCUCACCGACAACGACUAA